CGAAGCGAAGGACAAACAAAUAUAGCAAAGUAAUCCUGCGUAAUUCUUUGCUAUGGCCAGAAGAAUGGACAAGGACUCAUAGUGGACGAGAGAGGGAUCGAUCGAGCGACCGUACCAAUGUCAAAUCAUGCAGCAGACCCUCUCGUACUCAUCAUCAUCGCCAUCCCCCUCUCCGAUGCCAACGCCAGCCGGAACACCACACCCCCCAGCGACCACCCAUGCCCCCACCCACACCCAUCCACGACCCGGCUCAACAGGCAGCGAUCCCAACAACAGGUUUCAGCCGGCCAUCAUUCCGGUUGACUACAGCUACCACACCCACACCCAUUCCCACCCACACUCCCACUCGUACGGCCACACGACCAUGGCCCCCUCGACGUACACAUCCACACAGAGCUUCAUCCGCCAACCGACGGCCAGCACAGUCCAGGAGCUGGGCUCGGAGCGGGACUCCCAGCCUUAUAGCAGUCUCUUUGGGGACCCCGUGCCCCCGCCGUCGCAGGUGGAGGAAUACUUCGGGACUGCGGCCUUUGAGACGUUACGAUCUUCUUCGCUGGAAAUCCCCAGCUCGGAGGAGGAUGCUCUAGUGGCCGCUGUGGCCCUCAAUGCGCUGAUGGGCAACGAGGCUCGGGUCAGGCAGAGGAUCUUCUCGAAUAUUCCCUACACGAGAACCCCCCGGGCAUCGCUCAUCCCGCACCUGCAGCCGCCCGAUAUCCAGAUCUUGCCCAAUUCCAGCGGCGGGUCCAGCUCGGAACAGCUGGGGUCUCCCAACUAUCGACUCCUGGCCCCGGACGACAUCCUUAAUAAACCGGAUAUGUACGACUUGGCGAACCCCAGUGAGGAAUCACAGUACAUGACACGCUUGGACUUCGAUCGGGAGGAGGAGCGAACGCAGACUCCCAGCCGAACGGCGGGCAAGCAGAGUGUCUCCACCAUGACCUCAGAUGACCAUCACCACGGCUUGCUGAGCGACUCUUACUCGGGCAGGGACUGGUUUCGACCUGCUCCACAGCACUUUCCGGAGUUCACGCGCAUCCCCAAGCUGCGGCCCAGCUCGAAAAACAUCAUGUCCAUGAAGCAAGAGGAGGUGCCGCUCUCACCGCUGGCCACGAUGAUCCAGGACAUGAACAGUUCCAGCAGCGGAGGCGAUGAGCGGGUAGCCCCCGAUGGGGAGAAACAGUCAACGAUGCAGGACAUGGACGUCAUACUCUCACCGAAGCAAUACCUGGAGCAGCAGCUGGAACGGAUGAGUGCGGUCAGCGAGCGGCAGCUGCUUGAGGACUACAGCCCGCCGUCGCCUCCACCAGCUGACCCGCCGCCUUCUUGCCACCAGAGUAGCCGCAGAGACACGGAGGAGAGCGUCUGCUCACGUCCACCCACCAUGAAGAGAGAAAUGUCCCCGAUCAUCAUCAAGGACUCAAUCUCCGUGGGCGGAGACUAUCGCGUGGACCAGCCACGGCCACACAAGAAGACUGCAUUUACCAUCCUCACAGUGCGCUCGCCGCAGACAUCGCCGGCGUACAGCCCCGCCAGGAGAGCCGCCGCCAGGAGGCACGCUUCCAUACAGUCGACAUCGACUACCUCAUCAAUGGCCACCAAGCCGCCGAUCCUGCCGCGUCGCAAGACUCCCAGCGACUCCCGCCUACCGGAGCUGCCAGGAUAUCUGGCCCACUCGCCGCAUCCACUCCACACAACCGAUGACUCGCCACGGCCUUCGGUGCAGUUCAACAUGAGUGGACGGCACAGUCGCAGCAAGCUGGCGACGCCUUCGAAGGGAAUCCUCCAGCAGAGGGACUCGCUCACCUCCUCCAUAGACACCUACACGCCGAGGGCGCAGAGACGAAGGUCCAUGGCCCCCAGUAGUCCCCAGCAGAUGUCGUAUGGCCAAAGGAUCAAGAGCAUGGAGAGCCUGCCGCUGAUAACCGAUCCCUAUCGAAGCGCGAUUCCGCGACUGCACUACUCCACCAUGGACCUGGGCAAAGAAGCGGCAGCCUUUCCGCCGGGCGCACUGCCACGCCCACUGAAGCCAAACCACAACCCCACGCGAAAGCAGCGCGGACUCCUGAAGGUGAUCAACCGGGAGGAAGCGCUCGCCCACAUCCCGCCCCGCUCCAACUGGUGCAGCCUGGACGACCUGGCUCUGGCACCGAGUCCCCGUGCAUCCUUCGACGUCGGCCACGCCCAGGGUCGUCGUCGUUCCAGCUCCACCUCGCCCGAGCGAAGGAGCUCCACGCAAACAGCCUCGGACCGACGCAGCUCCAACCUGAGCAGCAUAACCGCCACCACCUCGGACUUUAGCUUCCGACGUCCAUCGCUCGCAACACUGCCAGCAUCCCGGCUGCGUCGCAAGUCGGUGCAGGCGCCGAUCCCCGGGCGUAGCCCGCGACGACAGUCCAUCUACCAGAGGGAUCCGAAGCCACCGCCGCAUGGGAAGCAUGGGAAGAUCGCCAAGCCCAGCAGUUUGUCACCGAUUCUCGGCACCCCGAACAAGGACAGCAGCUCAGGGCAGAGUCCUACCCACGGAUCCUCGAUACGUGCAGCCGCUGUCGACACGCAGUCCGAGGUGUCGACGCGUCGGGACUCGCUCUCCCGCAUUCCGAUUCGCAGUCGUCCGGGAUCCCGGGUGGAGUCUCGUUCCAGUUCGCCGUCGAAGGACUUUGUGGCUAUGAUUCCGACCGCAUCUGGGCGCACCUCACGGGCAAGCACGAGUCGAUCUCCCUCUCGGGCGAUGAUUCACAGCAGGACGCCCUCACGGGAGAGUGCGCGACCCGGAGAAUCGCGAUCUGUGUCCAGGGGCCCACCUUCUAGGGCAAGUUCUCGCAUGGAACAGGCACGGGAGCAGGCCAACUCCCGAAGCAACUCGCGGGCCAACUCCCGACUGAGCAUAAACUCCUCGCUGCGAUCCUCUAGCGUAUCGCCCGUCACCAUGGCCAGGAACAAAACCAUACGGGGAACCACACCGCAGCCCAGUCGCAGGAAGUCCAUAUCAUUGAGUCCAACCAGCGGCAUGAUAGGGCGUCGAAAGUCCAUAAGUCCAGGGGCCAUCACACAGGCAAGACGGAUGUCCAUGUCCAUUAGAGGGAAGCCAGAGAACCCGGAGACAUUGUCGCGACGCAACUCCCGCUCCCGCAUCCCCACGCGACAGUCGGGAAAGAUGGAGUCCAAGUCGCCGCCAUCCUCCUCCAAGAAGCGUUCAAAAUCCCCCGAGAAGACCAAGGGAAUACCGGCGAUGACACCCAAGGGCACCAGAGCGGGCAAAGUCCCGCCAAAGGGAAGCCCCAAGGCAAAGCCCACAUCCAAGCAACCUGCAAGUGCCAAACCCAGGACAGAAUCUGUGAAGGCUGUUAAAACCGCGGAGCGUCUUCCAGUUGUCAGAAGGGAACAGGGAACAGGGAAGAAUCCAGCCCCCAAAGCGCCAUCAUCCACAGCGAAGGAAGCGAAAGCCGAGAAAGGAAAGCCAGCAACCAAGAGCAGUGCACAGGGACAACCAGCAGCGCCCCCGCGCACCAAAUCCCAGCAGAUGAAAGCCAAGCCACCUGGAGGGGCGACAAUGGAGGCCAAAAGACCUCCUGCACCCACGGCCACCAAAGCCCAGGGAAUUGUACACGAAAAAGGUGCCAACGGAGGAGAUGCUACAACAAACAUGACUCCACUAGCUGCCCAGGUGGGCAACGUGGUGCUCCAGGCAGCCGAAGCCAUUCCGGCAGUGACCAGCGAGGUGACCGUCCCCUCAACUCCAGGACGCAGAGGCCAAGGAGCGAACAUGUCCAAGCUGGUGCGGAUGAGCUCCCGGCUGAGCAUGCUUAGCCAGAAGAACCGAGCAGAUUCGCCGCUGAAUCGAAAGGUGGCAACAGUGCCCGAGAUAGCGCAGGAACACGAAGAAGCAGCGACCCACGGUUCUCUGAUGAAGUCCAAUGAUGCUGGGAGUCUGCCUGCCGCCAUUCUGGAAAAGUCACAGAAAACGCUCGAAAACAUACAAAAGACCGUUACGGAGGCCACCGAUGAGAUCCACAAGACCAUCAGCGAGAACCUCACCGAUCUGAAGACUCUGGAGAACGACAUGGGCCUGACCGCAGAUGGCCCUCCCACUCCCACACCCACCUCUGGCACGAUGCUGGCCAAGCCAGGCGACUCUGAGUCUCGGACAGGGACAGCGGAUGGUGGGAAUGCUCCUCAGAGCUCGGCGGAGCAGGCAAAGUCUCCUUUUACGGCCACACAGCCCAUCGAGGCCGCGGUCUCGGUAGUGCACCCGGACGAGCGAGCAACGAUAUCCAGUGUGCCCGAGGUAGAGUGCGAGAGCUCUGACCUGCCCACAGUCCUGGACGUGUCCGAGUCGGAGCUGGGUGGCCAUGUGAUGCCGACGCCCGAGAGCGGAGCGGACUUCAAGGUGGACGCCAAGCGACGCUCUCCAGACGGACAGGGCGGCUCCGCAGCGGGAAGUGGUGGCAUGGCAAAAACCAGCAGCCAAGAGUUCCUGGAAGAAAAGGACAAUAAUGCCAAUAAGAAGGGAUUGUGUCGCUGUUGUUCCUCAUUGUUCAUGCCCUGUCGUCGCUCUCGAUGCUCCCGCUGCUGUUAUCGACGAGAACGGAACCCCUUAGCCGAGGACCAGCCCGUGCUAUGGAGUGCAAACAGUAGUGCCACAACCGCCACCAAUGUCCAAGUGAUUGAUGAGACCAAGUCGAAGAAGAAAAAGGUGACGGACUGGCUCAAGUCGAGCUGCUGCCGGAGCUGCCGGAAGAAACAUCCGCCCGCGAACACGGACAAGCCGGAACCGCCAAGCGUGAAGCAGGAGGCCAGUAUGAGUACGGGACCAAAACGUGGGGGCAAAUGCGGCCUCUGUCUGAGCAAGGUUUUUUGCUGUCGCUCGGUAAACAAAGUGGACGACACGGGGAAUGAAACCGAGCUGAAGAAGUGCUGCUUCUGCAUACCAUAUCGGAGGAACCGUAGCAAGCCGAAAGGUAGCUCCGUUUCCUGGCGGGAUCAAGAUCCAGAGCUUGGCAUCAAGCCAACUGAUACAUCGGUUCUGGAAGGUGCGUCCGAGGCCUCAAUGACAUCGGCAGCUGCGGAUACUCCGGCUACACUACCAAAAGAGGGCUGCUGCAAGCGUUUCUGGCUAAUGAUGCUCUGCUGUCGCAAGAAACCGCGUCGCGAAUCGAAUGCUCGCCGACAGAGCAUCAGAGCCCCGCCGCCCAGUGAGGACACACGCCGGAAGCUGCAUAACGACCUAGUGGAACACGCAUCCAAAAUGAAGGGAGCUAUUCCUGUGCUACCGCUGUAUUUGGCUUGGUUCUGUGCCUUCUGCAACGUAGUCUUUCCAGGCUUAGGCACACUCCUGUCGGGACUCCUUUGUUUGUGUGUGGGCAUUCCACGUUUCUCGCAGUACGACAGUGCCCGGGCUCGAAUCGGAUCCUUCAUAAUCAACAUUAUUGUGGCAGUGUCGCAGUUCUGUUGUGUACUCUUCUGUUUCGUGGGCUGGGGCUGGUCCAUCUGGUGGGGUACUAUUAUGCUAAAGUGUGCAAGGAAACUGAGCAAGAUCAAAAAGGUGGAACGUUUGGAACUGGAGGAGGAACAACGACAGGCCCAACUGGCGGCCACUGCGGCUGGUGAGACGGAGCCGGCGAAGACAUAGUAAUCCAGUCCAACAGGACACAUUCAACGGGACGAGCUUUUUUAUACAAUUGUGUACAUACCUUUGU